GGCAUGUCUGUGGUGAGGGUAUUCAGCUAGUGAAGUGAACCAAUUCUCUGCAGUCUACACACAUCUCUGAGUUCCUAGCAGAAACUAUAAUAUGGGACAGGAACAGUCUGCUGAGAAACAGGCCGGGGAGUUAUGGGUUGCUGCUUGGAAUGGUGAUGUCAGCAAAGUGAAGUCCCUGCUGGCACGUGGAGCCAACCCUAACCACCCCGAGUACUAUCCAUUACACAACGCUUGUAGAAAUGGUCACCUGGAGAUAGUGAAGGCACUUGUUGAGGCUGGAGCAGACACUGAGAGAUGGGAUGGGGGCAUCUCUCCAGUUCAUUGUGCAGCCAUAUUUGGUCAUAAGGAGGUGUUGGUUUACUUGAUCAGGGAUUGCAAGUGCAGCGCUGAUGCCAGGGACCGGUACAACAAUACUCCACUCCACUAUGCAUGCCAUGAUGGUCACCUAGAUAUGGUGCGGUGCUUGGUGGAGGAGGCCCACUGUAACAUCAGUGAGUCUAUCAUUCUGUCUCCGUGUUAUACCAAUACAUGUGUUAACAUGAUUAUAUGUACGAAUGAGGUGACUGUUAUUUCAGAUGCACUGAACAAGUACAACACUACUCCACUCCACGAUGCAUGCUAUCGUGGUCACCUAGAAUUGGUGGAGUACUUGGUGGAGGAGGCCCACUGUGACAUCAAUGUACGGAACAACAACAACCAGACUGUACUUCAUAGAGCCUGCAUUUUCUUGCUAUUUAAAGGUAUGGCAUGGAUGCCUUCCCGUAAGCUUGCAGUGGUGAAGUACUUGGUUGAGAAGGCUAACUGUGACAUCAAUGCAACUGAUAAGCGAGGCAGGACACCCCUUGACCUAGCUAUAAAGAGUGAUUACAAGGACAUUGUUAACUACCUCAAGACUCGACAAGAAUCAUCUAGAAAACCAGGAAAAGAUGGUGUUGGGAGUCAAACAGCUGUUCCACUCACACAAGACGAGGCUGAUGCUCUGCAGAAGCUUCUCGAGGGAGCACAAGUCACCAUUGGUCAUCCCAUUGUUGCUGGCACAACCACUCUGGAGGAUGUUCAGCAGCUGCUUACUCAGAGAGGACUGGAGAUUAUGGCCGACGACCUCAGGACAAAACUCAGACUAAUUAUGACUGAGCAACAAAGAAACCUCGAGAUACUCAACAAUCUAAUGACAGAUGAAGACACUAUCGAUAUUAGCUACCCAAGGCUAUUUCUUGUUGGGCCGCCAUCUGUUGGCAAGACGACCACACUCAAUCGACUGCUGGGGGAGUUUGAGAACAUUGACUCUGCUGGAGACAAAGCCAAGCUUAGAAGCACACUGCUUGCUAACUGCAAACAAAUACUUGCCUUCGUUAAUGAAAACACAGCAAAAUGGUUGUCAUCCAAAGAUGUUGACGAAGAAACAAAGCUCUUGUUUGGCUACUUACGUGAAUCUAAGUCUGAAACCACUCCUAACAAAGAGAUAAGCAUCGCAACCUCAACCGAUUCUCCUGUAUUAAUACGCAAGCAAAGAACUCGAUCUAAAAAUACCACAAAAGUGUUUCCUAAAGAAAGCAGAUCACCACUACACCAAGCCACAGCUGCUCAGCGUACGACAAUGAGUCAUCCAAGAAGCAAACUAUUACCAAUAAAAUCAGAAUUACAACAGCUAAUAAAAAAUGCGGAUUAUUCCAAAAUGGCCGAUUUCCUUGGCGAUAUUUUACUGAACAUUCACGACAUCGGAGGUCAGCCAGGCUUCUUGGAAAUGCUACCAGCCCUGAGCACUGGUCCGGCCAUGUAUCUAGUGUUCUUAGAUCUCAGUAAGGAACUUGACAAGCUGUACAAAAUACCUUUCAGUCGAGAUGGUAUGGAAAUUAUUCCCUUCAAUUCUGUUCACACUACAGAAGCCACAAUCUCUCAAAUCCUCACCUCUAUUGCCAGUGUCCAUUGCAUCUCAAGAGAUCCCACUCCUCUUAUUAAUGUUGGCAGAGCUAGUGAUGCUCUUAAAGAAAGAAUAACAACUUUUAAACAAGUUAAACCGGUAGCAGCCUUGAUAGGCACACACAAAGACAAGCUGAUCGACCCCGAGAGACAAAUCAGCGAGAAAAAUGAGGCACUUAAAAAAGUUAUCAAUAAAUUCCCCGAAAUUAUUAUUUCUCCAGAAUCAAAACAGCAGAAUAUUGAGCACAGCGAACCUAUAGACGGAGCCCGUACACAAUCAUGUUCAAAAUCUUGUUUCUUCUCAGUAGAUAACCUCAAUGGAACUGAAGUGUCUGACAUCGGACCCGUUCGUAAUUUCUUAAGUCGAAUAAUUUUAUCUCGCUUCAAAAAUGCUUCUCUUCCAAUUCAACCGAAAUGGCUCAUUUUUGGGUUGCUUCUUCGAAAACAAUUUCAAAUAGCUACAAUUGAAGAUUGCUUUGAAUUAGGAGAAAUGCUAGAAAUGCAGAAAGAAGAAGUAAAAGUGUGUCUCUGGUAUCUUCACAACUGUGUUGGUACGAUCCUCCAUUACACCAACGUACCUGGUGAUGACGGUUGGCUCAAGGGUCAUGUGAUCUGCACUCUUCAAGCUAUCUUUGAUAGUAUCAGCCAGUUUAUUCUCCUUUCUAUGCGAACGCUUCACUCAGGAGGUCCAGUUACCAACCACGAGCAAGCCGAGUUGGUUAAGAAGGGACAGUUCUCGAUCAAAUCCAUUGAGAUGUGUUGCAGAAACGUGGAAAUGUCUGAACUUAUUCCCGCAAAGCAUCUCAUUAAGUUAUUGGAGCACGUCAAACUUCUGUCCCCGAUAUCUCAUAAGGAUGAAUCAUCAGCGGAAGGUGUUCGCAUUACCUACUUAAUGCCAGCUGUUUUGGAAUGUGCUUCACAAGAGGAGCUGGCGAACCCACCUCCACCAGACACCAACAACCCAGAACCACUCCACAUCACAUUCAGCUUUGGUUACGUACCAACAGGAGUCUUCUGUGGGCUCAUUACUCGACUAGUUUCCCAAGGCCCCCAUAAAAUCCUCGGAUUUAAGUGGAAGUUGGUGGAAGAUGGUGUCAAGAGAAACUGUGUCUCUUUCUAUGUAGAUGGUAUUCACAAGGUGACUCUGCUCUCGCACGAAAAGAGCUACGAAAUUCGAGUUUCCCGUGAGGAUCCAGAAUCUUCUCUGCACGACCUUUGCGCUCAUGCACUCUCUGUCGUUCUGUAUUUCCUCAAAACCUUGUAUGAGAAUUUGGUUCCAUUAAUCGCAUUCCAGUGUCCCUGUUCUAAUCACAAAGCCGAACGAGACGUCACUAAUUUAUGUACUAUUUCCGAUGGUUCAAAAGUUCGAUUUCUUUGUAACGAUUCUAUGAAGCUCGUUAAAUUAAAACCGGAACAACGGAUCUGGCUUGGAAAGACCAAGAAGGUUGGUGAGGAAGCUGAACUAGAGGUGCUAAAGUUUGCUGAGGAUGGCUUUUCCUUCCACUGGACCAAAGAGGGCUCCAGACGUCAGAUAAAGACAACUGAUGAUCGGCCCAACACUCUGAGCUUCCCGAGUGUGAGAGAGGAGGACUUUGGUCACUACCAGUGUGAGGUGAAGGAUGCAGCUGCUGGGAAAGUGCUCCUCACUCUCUACACAGCUCUCUACAAAGAGGAGACAACCGAAUUCUCUACUGAAAGGAAUGAAGAGCCAAGAUGCAGUGGCACUAACUCUAUUGUAAAGACGCCAUCAUCAGAUGAGGGGUCUCUGUCAUCAGAAAGGCUCCAAUAUUCAGCAGAUCCAGUCCAGAGAGUUGGAACUCCAUCAGCUGGUGAAGACAAUCAAGUCUGUACUACAAUAAUAUUAGGACCACCUGCUAAUCAAAUCGCUCUCCAAGAACUAAUGAAGCGAUACAAACUGACUGACGAGCAACUCAACCGUGAAAUAGUGGACUCCGAUACUCCCGUAAUGGCCUUAAAUUUUGAUGAUGUGGAAAUGUAUUCAACUGCAAUGGGGCUAGCUAUUGCUAAACAAGCUGAUGUGAAAGAAUCAUGUGGAAAUCAAGCAGCCAUGAUGAAGUGCCUGCAAGUCUGGAAAGAACGUGAUCCUUUUCAAGCAACUUACAGAGCUCUACUGGAUAUCGCACUGAGAUUGGGGAAAGGAGAAACAGCUGAUAAAAUCUGUCGGCAAUUGACCCAACAUCGUACACUGGACUGAUCGAUGAAGUGAUUACACAUGCAGUGUGUCGGAUUGUACAAACACUCAUUAGAAUAGAUGUGUGUGCUAGCUAGCUGUAAAAUAGCUAUCCAUUUUUAAUUUAGUACUGCAUGGACAAUCGAUUCCCAUUAGAGACGUCAUGAUAUGUUUCAUUAUUUCAGAAACCCAUUGAGAGUUUCAUGUACAUAGUUUUAAGUUGAUUAUAACUGUUUAAUUUUAACGA